AUGGCACCACCGAAACAUGACUCUGCGGAGGUUGCCCGUGUGAGAUCUCGACGGUCUUUCGCCCAAAUGCCUCGUUCUGGGAGUGGAUCUGACAUCGAUAAGGAGAAUAUGACAACGAAUCUCAGAACUGUCAACGAGCAGAGCAAUUUGUCUCUGAGAGCCACGAGACCGGAUAAAAAGAUGCGGAGCAAAAGUCUCGGGCCCGGCGGGUUGGAUGCGCUCCAGCAUGCAAAUGGCAACAGACGAAAGUCAACCACUCAAUACCCCUUAAAAUCCAUUCUGAAACCAACGAUACCCGUCUCCCCAAUACGAAAUAUUCCAACUUUUGACGAAACGCGCAAAAGAACUCCGACUCGUGAUUCCCAACGUGGCUCUAAACGUCGUCAAUCAAAUAACCCGAAUGAAAAGAGUGAGCCUCUUAUUGAUGUUUCUGAACCCCCCUCAGCCUCUGUUGCUGAGACAGAUAAUUUGGCCAACCCAUUUGAUACUUUUAAUCCUUCGGCUGUUCUCAACAAUAGCAAAGUUGCGGUUUGCACAGGGGAGGAACAAGUAGCUGCAGCUAGGGAAACGGAAGAGGCGGAGCGAGAGCGUGAGAGACAGGCCAUUUUGGACCACAGGGCGGCAAGGCGAAAAUCGAUGGCAAAUCGUCGUGUAUCAUUUGCGCCAGAAGCUACUCUACAUACUUGGAAUGUAGUUGAAUUGGCUGAAGAUUCCACCACUUCUUCCGCCUCGAAUUCUACCAGACGCGCCUCUGCUCUGACGGAGCAGGUGCCACCCACCCAGAAUCACGAGCUGAAUCACAUUUAUAAUGGGCGUGGCCAACAGCAGAGUCCGUACGGCCCCGACCCUGACGAGGCAUUUUCUUCGAGUCCAUAUAGCGGAAGUUCAGCUGGUGGAAGCGAAGAGGCUAGUGAACCCGUUGUGGACGAGAAUAUAGAUUCCAACUCCGACACCGAUGAUGAGGAUGAUGAUGAUGGCGCCACAGUUAUGACCAUGGAGAAUAUUACUGAACGAUCUAUCUCUACACAUUCUGAUGCUUCAAGCACCAACUCUAGCGCGAAACUGGAGCGGUCUUUGCGACAGGCUGCCCAGUUAGCUGGCACCAAAGGUAUUGACUACGAUGAGAAUGGUGACUUGUCCAUGGAAUUCACGAACCAUGAAAUUGCAGGUGCCUUCCAACCCUGGGUUAAAAAGGGGGCUAAUAAACUUGACUUUGACCUGGAAGACUUGAGUGCUCGACAGGACCAAGAAAAUGUUAACCCUUUUGCUCAGCCAUUAUCCCAGUAUCAGCCUCCAAGUAGGCAAUCUGAUGGUGGAUAUUACGAUGAAAGUGAAGCAGAUAUGAGCAUGGAUAUAACCAAAGCUGUUGGAGGAAUAAUUUCACGGCGACAGGAAGCCUCACAAGGUAAAACGCCCCGCCGUAAGUCUGCUUCUCCAAAUGGUGGGAAUCUAAAUACGCAACCCCCGAUAUCAACAGGCGAGUUGUCAAAUCUCGAGGACCAAACGAUGGAGUUUACGAACAUGGUGGGUGGCAUCGCUCAUAGUCAUUCUCCACAAAAGGACUUCUUCGGAGAUAGCGAUAUUGCCAGUGAUGAAGAGAUGACGAUGGAAUUCACCUCGGCUCUUGGUAGCAUCCAGCAGGCCUAUGCCCAUCGGACAGCCUCCGAAGAAUACACGCACCCCUCCAACGAGCCCACAGAAUAUGGAAUUGAAGAGCUUGACCAGGAAUCCGGUGGUGAAGAGAUGGAGAUGACAAGCGCGGUAGGAGGCAUUCUGCCACCCAUCGAGGAACAAACGGAGCCCCUAGAGGACGACGAAACCAUGGGGAUGGAGAUGACGAAUGCUUUAGGGAGCAUCUUACCACCUCAGUUCAAUUUUAACAAGACUCAGGGAGAGGUAUUGAUGGAAUUAGAAAGCCAGAUUGCUAGCUCGCCAUUUCAAGAGAAUAUCAUCCCAUCGCCACCAAAAAUAGCUGGUACCGUCGAACAGAACACACCGAUGGUGUCUGAGUCUGGCAGCCCGACUGUAGCUAGUGUCAAACGAAGGCAAGAACGAAGGAGUGGGGGUCCAAGAGAAUCUACUACUCCGAGACGGGGCUCUAGGCACUCAUCGCCAAUCAAAAAUGUAGAGACCCCACCCAAAAAACAUAUGACUCCACGAGAGAGUAGGGCUCCGACUCCUGGAAGAACACCACCCUCGAGCAAAGUCGCUUUCCGAAACGUUUCUCCUAAAAAACUGUUCGUGCCUGAAUUUCAGCAGGCGUCCACGAAGAAAACACCGCCUAGUUCAAGAGUGCUUUUCCAUCAGGACAUCGUAACUGGCCGGUCUACUCCAUCCUUCGUCUUGGCCCCUCAUAGGCCUCAAUCGAGCGGCCUUGGUAUCGAUAGGGUAGGUCUAGGGUCACCUCGUGUUGCAGAAAUUUUGGAUAGACGACGAUCCAUAGGGGAGGACUCCCAGAAUUUUAUCCCACAGGGCCAAAUUUCUCGAGGAGUACAAUUUGAUGACCCCCGGGACCUCGAGGAUGAAGUUGAUGAGGAACGAGAAGAAAGGAACAAGGAGACCGCCAUCACUAAGGCACCCAACAGCUCUCAAAAUGAGAAAGACCCGACUCUUAACUUGAAAGAGUUAAUAUCGAGCCUUACCCCUAAGAAGAAUAAAGCCAAGGGACGGAAAAGUUUACAUGUUGGCGCAGCGGUAGGCCUACUUGGGAAGCGCCCGGUGGAACUAGAUCAGGAUGAUGAAGACUAUGAAGAGUAUACUCCGAAGCGGCUUAAGGGCCGCGAUGCAAGUCCCGUCAAAAGCAUAAAACUUCCUGCCCCUCCUUCGAUGGAUGAAACAGUUAGACGAACCAUCAGAGCAACAAGCUAUAAUGGCCGUGGGUCGUCUCCAGGCCAUCCCGGGAGUACAACACCCAAGAGAGCUCUUCUUUCUAGGCAGUUAGAUUUGCCCGUUGGUGAAGACCAUACCACCCAAGAUUCUGGUCUUAGUCCAGAAGCCAACCAGGAGGGUUUUGCUAAGCACGAAAAGCAGCGGCAGGUUGAGCCAAUACAACUCCAAGAAUUCCUGAAUAUGACUAACAUCCACUUUAUGGAGCUAACCACAACCAAAAGAAGACAUACGUUGGCUCCGACAAAUGACAAUAAAAAGGCUACAUCAAAGACCGACGAUGAGACUGCCAGAGGUAUAAGUUUCGAGGAUUGUGUGGUUGCUGGCUUGUGUACAGUACCGAUGCUUGAAUUAUACCAACACUCGUGUCGUGAAUUGAAGUCAUAUAUCUCAGAAGGCCGCCGAAUUAUCCGGUCCAUCGAAACCGAAACUUAUGCAGAUAAUCCGCCUCUUUUCCAAGAAUAUGUGACGGCGCCACCCGAUAUCCGGCUGUUGAUGGAUAAUCAAUUUCGCAACGUUAAAGCUCACGCUCGCCUUUUAAGCAAAUCCAUGUGGUAUGAAUGGCGUAUGAAACUUUUGGAGGGUCUAAAGGAAGGGCUCGAUCGUCAUGUUGAGUAUAUGCAGAAUGAUGACGCAGUACUUUCAAAGAAAGAGGAGAUCCUAAAUUGUGCGGUACCCCCAUUAGUCGAGAAACACACGAAGCUUGAAACUGAAGCUCGGAAUCUGCAACAAGCCGUCGAUGAGCUGGAAAACUGUGACCAGGAAGAACUUCGUCAAGCACGUGAACGACUAGCAGCUUUGGAUGCAGAUAUUGUUACCAAAAAGGUGUUGUUAGAACAAUCACAGGCAGAGCUACUAAACAAAAACAACGUCAUUAAAGCGGGAACGGAAUUAAAAAAUGAAUUUUUGGCUCAGAUAGGUGAAGCGGAGCGAGUCAGAGAAGAGUGCCGGGGUUGGAGUGUAAAGGAGGUUAAGCCUCUAAAAGUUUCUGUUCAUGCUCUUGAGUGCCAAACUGGCUGGAGUAUUUUAUCAGCCUCUUUAAAACCGAGCUCCAAGUAUGGUCCUUCUUUGAGAAUGCGAUAUCGCAAUGAACUCCAAGUAGAUUUCUACCCUGGCACAUUCAGCCUCAAGCGAUCUGCAGCGGUGUCAGCUAGUCGACGAUCCUCUCAAACAAACAAAUAUCAGCCUAUAAACCUUAGUUACUCACCCACUGUGACCAGCAGUCCCUCCCCUGAAAAGUCUCUUGUUCUCCACGCACUGCGCAUGCGUGCCUCACAGCUUCCACAAUCAAACAUAACCCCGAGACAAUUCCUUGCAAGCAUCUCACGAGCAUGGGACAGGGCCAUUAGCCUUGGGGACGAAAUACGCGCGCUUGAUUAUUGUGGAAUUACAAAAGCGAAAGCCAUUGAAUCGAACCCAUCAGAACCCACUUUGUUAGAGAUCCGCUGCAUAAUUAUCGGCCGUUCUUCCAAAACUACCGCUCCUGAGUCGACUGGAAGUGAAAUGAAGCGAACAUCACCAUCAGGAUCAGGAAACAUCAGUGGCAAAGCCAGAACGCGGAUCGAUAUCGACUUUACAGUUAAGCCUCGUCUGACCCAUAAUGGAACUGACACCCUUGACAUGGAUGUUGACGUUGAUAUCGAUGUCUCCGCCAGCAUAAUUUACGGUUCUGUGAGUUCGUAUGAAGGAGGCGUGGGGGAAUCACGGAUUGGCGAUAUGUUGGGCAAAAUUAUUCAGCAAAAACAGGCUCCUGGAGUUAAGUUAGGUGGUGGGGUAUGGCGCGAUGCGGUGAAGAAAUUCGAAAGGAGAGUAUUCGCUUAA